AUGGCCAAGCUCAUCAUUGCCAGUAAGGCGCCUGUUGUGGCUUAUUCUGAAUUGAUUGCUGCCCGCCUUGUUAACAGUGCAAAAACAGAUGCUAUCGAAAUUGAGUUUGUUGAAGACAAAAAAAGCUCUCCUGCUACCUUUGAGGACAGCUGCGAUGAUGUCCUAAAGAGAAUUGUCCAGACUUAUCCUGAGGUUUUUAAGCACGGUUUUGAGAACUGUGACGAGUGGGCCAAACUAGCGUCGGAAGAGCUGACAGUCAAGAACUUCCAAAAGCUUUCCGUAUCGCUCGCCAAAUUAGAUGCCUGUUUAAACUUUAGAACCUUCAUCCUAGGAGGCACUACCUUUUCUGCGGCAGACAUUGCGUGCUGGGGGUCACUUAGAUCAAACGGUAUGGUCGGGUCAAUCAUUAAGAACAAGGUCUAUGUCAAUGUUUCUCGUUGGUACACGCUUUUGGAGCAGAUCCCAGAGUUUGGGUCUGCUCACGAGUUCCUUGUCAAGACCUUGCAAGAGUUGAAGAAGGCUUCCACUUCGAACAAGAAGAAAGAGACUCACAAAGCGAACUUCGAGAUUGACUUGCAGGACGCUAAAGUCGGAGAAGUGGUUACACGUUUCCCACCAGAACCAUCUGGAUACUUGCAUAUUGGCCAUGCUAAAGCUGCUAUUUUAAACCAGUACUUUGCUCAAGAGUAUAAGGGUAAACUCAUCAUUAGAUUCGAUGACACAAACCCUUCAAAAGAGAAAGAAGAGUUUCAGGACUCUAUCUUGGAAGAUUUGGAGCUUUUAGGAAUCAAGGGUGAUAGAGUCACUUAUUCUUCUGAUUACUUUCAAGAAAUGUAUGACUUGUGUGUCAAGAUGAUCGAAGAAGGAAAUGCAUACUGUGACGACACUCCAACGGACAAGAUGAGGGAGGAGCGUAUGGAUGGUCUAGCUUCUGCCAGAAGAGAUCGCAGCGUUGAAGAAAAUUUGAGGAUCUUCACUCAAGAAAUGAAGAAUGGCACUGAAGAGGGAUUGAAAAACUGUGUUCGUGCUAAAAUUGACUACAAAGCUCUUAAUAAGACACUGAGAGACCCUGUCAUCUAUAGAUGUAACCUCACUCCACACCACAGAACUGGCUCUACUUGGAAAAUUUACCCAACUUACGACUUUUGCGUCCCCAUUGUUGAUGCAUUAGAAGGAGUCACUCACGCAUUGCGUACUAUUGAAUACAGAGAUAGAAAUGCUCAAUACCAAUGGAUGCUUGACGCUCUUCAUCUAAGAAAGGUUCAUAUCUGGGAUUUUGCUCGUGUUAACUUUGUUAGAACCCUCCUCUCUAAGAGAAAAUUGCAAUGGAUGGUUGACAAGGACCUAGUCUCCAACUGGGAUGACCCAAGGUUCCCCACUGUGAGGGGUGUUAGAAGAAGAGGUAUGACUGUCGAAGGUUUGAGAAACUUUGUGCUGUCUCAAGGGCCCUCCAGAAAUGUCAUUAACUUGGAAUGGAACCUAAUUUGGGCAUUUAACAAAAAGGUUAUUGAUCCUGUUGCUCCUAGACAUACCGCGAUCGUUAAGCCUGUUAAGUUCCAUGUUGAAGGCGCUCCUCAAACGCCUGAUGUUCAAAUCAAACUGAAGCACAAGAAAAACCCAGCGGUUGGAGAGAAGAAGGUUAUCUACUAUGCUGACAUUCUGAUUGACCAGGAUGAUGCUGACGCCGUAACCGAAGGGGAAGAGCUCACUCUGAUGGACUGGGGUAACGCAAUUGUCACUAAGAAGAAUGCCGAUGGAUCUUUGACCGGUAAGUUGCACCUUGAGGGUGACUUCAAAAAGACAAAAUUGAAGCUGACCUGGUUGGCUGACACUGACGACAAGGUUGAUGUCGAUUUGGUUGACUUCGACCACCUUAUCACCAAGGACAAGCUUGAGGAAGGAGAAGACUUCGCGGACUACUUGACUCCUCAAACCGAAUUCCACGUUUCAGCUGUUGCGGAUUUGAAUGUCAAGGACAUGAAGAAGGGCGACAUCAUCCAGUUUGAAAGGAAGGGUUACUACAGACUCGACUCUUUCGCGACAGCUGACAAACCAUAUGUCUUCUUCGCCAUCCCAGAUGGCAAAUCCGUCAACAAAUACGGUGCUAAAAAAUAA